AUAGUGACGGACCAAUAUGGCGGCGCACCAUCAUGCUAGCAGGAACGAUAGCAACGUGUGUAUUAAUGAUGACGUUAGUGUCACUUAACUCUGCUACUGUUGCUAUUUUAUCAUUUUAGAUGUCAACCUCUCAUAUACACGUCUCUGAUCAUACAGUAGCACAACAAAGGGUGACAACAUUAACUUUGCGUCACGUUAGAAAUACGUAAGCAAUGUGGGGUGAGCUCGAACCUCGCGUUAAAAUACAACCGAACACGUCCGAUACAUCUGAUCUGCAGGACGACCGAAGUACACUCCCUGAAAAACCGGUGGAGAUAAAGCUCCUUGUUCCCCCCAUAGUUCAACAGGAGCCGCUGGAAGACACCCAGAAUGUCCCUGCUGAUAUCACCGCCUUGUUGGAUGCUGUGGUUGUGAGUGGAAGCAAAGUGAAGAGUCAGCAGAUAGGAGAAGCUGAACUGACACCAGAGGAACGUAAAAAAGAGCUCCUGCAGCAGUACAGGAGCAAACCUCUGGUCUUCCUGGAGAGAUACCAUGGCUACCUGAAGCCGGAGCAUUUGCGAUCUUUUGCCCACGUCAGCGCUGAUCCGCGGACUCAGCACUACAGCAAAGUGAUCCAUAGGCGAGCUGCAGGAAGCACCGACAAGAAGCGAAUUAGAAACCAGCGCUAUGCUGCUCUCAGGGCCCUGCAGAAAGAGGGUGAAUAUUUUAGUGAAGAACAAAUGCGAAUGAGGGAACCACUGCUGUAUGAACAGUAUAUUGGACAGUACCUCACCGAUGAGGAGGUGCUGGAGCGCUCCCAGGAGGCCAUGUUGCACAGUGCACAGGGGGGACCUGAGGCACAACAGGGAGCGCCCGGAGGGCUCGCCCACCUCCUCCUCAACUCCUACCAGGAGCGUCUCAUCCAAGGUCGUUUGCAGGAGGAGCAGGAGAGAGAGGAGGAUGCGCAGGAGGAGGACGAGGACGAUGAAGAUGAUGGAGUCCAGGAGAAGACUUGGGAGCCGACCUCUGAAGAGAAGGCUCUUCUACGGGAGGAGUUCAUCAGUCAGAUGCACCAGCGCUUCCUCGACGGCAAAGACAAGGAUUUCAACUACAGCGAGGUGGAUGAGAACCCAGACUUCGACAACCUCGACAUUGUCAGCAGAGAUGCAGAGGAAAAGUACUUUGAUGAAGACGACGAGGGAGAAGAUGAAGACGUUAUGACUGAAUAGCGACUGCAUUUUAAAUACCGUGUUUCCCCUAGAAUAAAACCAGGAAAAAAGUCCGAAAAAGAUGAGUCUAAGUGAGUAAGAGCUUUUCUUCCUGUCACUCACACACAGCAGUAACCUGGAGUAGAUGCAGCUGCCACACAGAGAAAUGUGUUAUGCUAAUUUGAAGAUAAUGUCAUGACAUAACUGUCCAUCAGCUAAUAAAUAUGAUAACCUUCUAGAUGUCAGUCUACCAGUUUUAUUGAUAUUGAAAGUGUGAUUUAAAAAUGAUUCAUUUGGUCAUUCUUGUGUAUAGCACUGAACAACAAGGACACAACAACACAAAAGUUGUGUUGUAUUUUUCAGUGCUAUAAUUUGUAAUAAAUAUUGUUUUUGGAA